UGUCUGGCGAACGUUUCGCCGUCGCUGGGAGCCGCAGCUGUUGCCCGAAAUGAGCUCACCUAACGACGCCGUCGCACUCGUCUCUCCCCAACCAGCACCAACCGAUGGUCCGACUCCCUCAUCUCGACCAUGCUUAGUCUCAUCUUCUUGGAGCGCUCAGAAAUGCGACUGCUCGCAGACUUUUCCUACAGCGUCAUUCUCGAUGGCGACCAUGUCGAGAACUGCCCCGCCAACGAGAACUGCUCUCGCGAAAAGGAAGAGAUUAUAUCGCUGGGCUGUUCCCACCGAAUCUGGUUUCUCUAUCCUCAGCUCUGCGAGAACCUGCUGGUGGAUCAGAGCGUCGAUAGAGAUCUGAUCAAGGAAGUUUCCCGUAUCGAGUUGGACAGGAAGAAGAAGAAGGACGAGGAGGAGAAGAGGAGAAGGGAAGAAGAGAAGAAGAAGAAGGAGGAGGAAGAGAAGAAGAGGAAGGAGGAAGAAGAGAGAAAGAAGAAGGAGGAUGAGGAGAGAAAGAAGAAGGAGGAAGAAGAGAAGAAGAAAAAUGAAGAGGAGAAGAAGAAAAACGAAGAGAAGCAGGAAGAGAAGGUAGAUGCCAAGGACGAGAAGAAGGAUUCGAAGGAAGACAAGAAGGACGAGAAGAAGGAUUCUAAAGAAGAGAAAGCAGAUGCUAAGGAAGGGAAGAAGGAGCCGAAGGAAGAGAAAGCAGAUGUCAAAGACGAAAAGAAGGAUCCGAAGGACGAAAAAGCAGAUGUCAAGAAGGACGAGAAAGCAGAUGCCAAAGACGAAAAGGCAGAUGUCAAGAGCGAAAAGAAGGACGCCAAGGACAACUAAUGCCUGUCGAGCGCACCCGUUUGCGGGGCUGGUGCAAGCAACGAAACUC